GACAAACCCGCUGGUAUUGGUCGCAUCCGCCGAGGGAUGUUUAGGUUGCUUCCCUUCAAGUAAGCUUCAUAGCACGAGAUUCGGCAAAGUUGUCAGCUAUGCGCUUCACAACACAUCUGCGGCCAUGUAAUAACGAUAUUUCAAGUUGUGUAAUUUCAACCCACGGACCUAUAUAUCCAUCUUGAUUUUAUGGGAUGAAUUCUAUUUCCUGUUUAACUUUGGGGCCAACAAGUUUUGGAAUUUUAAAGGAAAUCCGCAUCGCCUCGUCUCGUAUCGUAGAGACUAAACAUUUCGUCUCCCAUAUCGGUCAUCAUGGCGGUGCAAUCCAAGCUUGUUCUCCCCGAUCGGUCGAUCAAGAGUGUUGUUGCGCAUUUGACGAAGUUGUACGUCGGUAAUCGAACCCGAAUUUCACGCGCCGUCUACCUUACUCUCCUCGUCGCACUCGUCAACCGCGUCCGACAUGCCAUUUCCGAGCAGAAAGCUGCGUCCGCACGCGAAGCGGCUAAGCGACGAUCGGGUACAACCUCGAGCGACGGUGAGGAUACGACGAAGAAGAAAAAGGUCGAGCUGAACCGCGAGUUCUUUAAGUCCUUGUUAAAACUACUUAAAAUAGUCGUUCCCGGCGCGCGGAGCAAGGAAGCUCGGCUUCUCGUUAGCCACAGUUUCUUCUUAGUAGUACGGACGCUUAUUAGUCUCAAAGUUGCCGAGAUGGAUGGCGCGAUCGUAAAAGCACUUGUAAAAGGAAGUGGUAAGGAGUUUCUCACGAGAAUUGUCUGGUGGAUGUUAAUCGCUGUUCCUGCGACAUUCACAAAUUCUAUGCUAUCGUACCACCAAGCCGAACUGUCUCUUAGUUAUCGAACACGAUUAACCCAGUACAUCCACGACAAAUACCUCUCCCAGCUCACGUUCUACGGAAUCUCCGCACUAGAUGAUCGGAUAAAAAACCCAGAUCAGCUUAUAGCAGUCGAUGUUGCCAAUUUUUCUAACAGUUUGGCCGAACUAUAUAGCAACCUAGCGAAACCAAUACUGGACAUGACUAUUUAUACUUGGUCGUUAUCAAAAAGUGUUGGCGGCGAAGGCGUCAUGUUUAUGUCCUUAUUGGUCCAGCUCUCAGCCAAUGUCAUGCGCGCCCUAACGCCUCCAUUCGGGAAAUACGUUGCAGACGAAGCACGGCUCGAAGGCGAGUUCCGGUUCCAACAUUCGAGACUCAUCGAUCACGCCGAAGAGGUGGCACUCUACCACGGCCACGAAGCAGAAAAGGAUACUCUCGACAAGGGCUAUUUUACGCUUAUUAAACACGUCAACUACAUAUUACGGCGGCGAUUCUACCACGGCGUAAUGGAGGAUUUCGUGAUCAAAUAUUUCUGGGGUGCUCUAGGCCUCCUACUCUGCAGCGUCCCCGUCUUCUUCAAACUACCCGGAGAGCUAGCCGGUACUUCUACCAUGGGCGACCGAACAGAGUCGUUCGUAACCAACAGGCGGAUGUUACUCAGCGCAUCAGAUGCCUUUGGGCGGAUAAUGUUUUCCUACCGCGAAAUCAUGGAGUUGGCCGGUUACACGUCACGUGUUGCAUCAUUAUUGGACGUUAUGGAUGAUAUCCAAGCCGGGCAUUUCGAGAAGAAGCUAGUAUCUAGCUCGGGCACUGAGGAUAACGCAGCAGUAUUGAAGGGCAGAGGGAAAGUAGUCGAGAGCAAGGACAUCGAAUUCAUCGACGUGCCGAUUAUCUCCCCUAACGGAGACGUUCUCGUAAAGGCGUUGUCAUUUUCGCUUAAGCAAGGUGAUCAUCUUCUCGUCGUUGGUCCGAACGGUUGCGGGAAAUCAAGUCUGUUCCGAAUUCUAGGAGGCCUCUGGCCCGUGUAUGGUGGCACCGUCUACAAACCGCCCUUCACAGAUAUUUUUUACAUUCCACAACGGCCAUACUUAUCGCGGGGAAGCCUCCGCCAACAAAUCACGUACCCGGAUAGUCUACGAAGUGUUCGUGCGCGCGGGGUUACUGACGCCCAAUUACUAGAUAUCCUCAAGAUCCUCUCCCUCGAGCAUCUUGUAGAUCUUUACCCCGAGGGCUGGGAUGCGGAGGCAGAGUGGCGCGACGUACUCUCAGGUGGUCUGCAGCAGCGUGUAGCCAUGGCCCGUCUCUUCUACCACAAACCGCGAUACGCGAUCCUAGACGAAUGCACGAGCAGUGUGACGCUCGAGACCGAGAAAGUCAUGUACGAUAAUGCGAAGGCUUUAGGAAUUACAUUAAUGACGGUUAGCCAUCGGCGAAGCCUGUGGCAGUAUCACAGCAGGAUCUUGCAAUUCGACGGACAGGGUAACUAUGUGUUCACGAAGCUCGACGCCGAGAGGAGAUUGAAGCUCGAGGAUGAAAAAGAGGACCUGGAUAUAUUACUCAGACAGGUACCGGAAAUUGAGAGGAGAAUUGGAGAGUUGACCGCCGAAUAACGGCGGGGAAAUGGAAAUGAGGGGAGGGAUAUGAUGUACAUAUAUAAGGAGGAGAAGAGAUGGGAUUGUUAGCCUCGUGUACAAAAAUACAGGGACCAUCUAGGUCGAGUGAUCCAUCAGCAUGGUAUGUUUGGCAAUCAGCUUGCGGACACCGCAUUUUUGUCAAACGCCACUACAGAAUUUUGGGCCGUGCGGGAUUUAUCAAUUGGCCUCUAUGUGAUCUCCGGCUGUUGAGUCCCCGCCUCGUCAGCAAGUUAAGAGAUGGUGAGAUGAUCUAUGUGGGACGUUGGAAAAAAACUGUACGUAGUCUACCCACUUUACCCCUCGAGCCUCAUCAGCUAGUAGUGGAUUGACAUGGAUCUCAUGAUGAGGCUAGCAGUCGCAGUCGCGAGAUGCUCAUACAUACAAUAAACAAAACAACAUUAGUAAACAACGAAAAUCCGGUUAGAACCGCUUUAAGUUGACCUUUAUUUCCGAGUUGCAUUAUGCAUGUAGUCAGGUGCAUAUAUGCGGGCGAGAGACAUUUGAUAGGGAGGAAAAAUAAAAUAAGAUGGCUGAG